CAUGGCACUUAUUACUUCGCACACAAGAGAGAGAGAAUGUGUGCUUGCUUCUUUAUUGUAAAUAUAGAGAAACAAUAACAAGAAAAAAUUAAAGAAGUAGGAGUAGAAGAAAGCAGAAGUGAUACUGGAUUCCGAAAUAAAUUUACAUCUGUAGAAGGAAAAGAAGUAUCCUCUUGUUUCCGCUCGUUCCAAACAGAACUUGUCAUAUGAAGAUCCACGGUUAAAUCUCGAGUCGUUUCCGGCCUCAGUAUUAUGCCAAUAUUGUUGAAUUUGUGUUUUGACAUUUAAUGAUGACUAUGGCAAGUACCAAGAAAGAAGAUCAAGUUGUACUGAGUUAUCAUGACAGUCUGCUCAGAUUAUCGGAUGUGAACUUGUUAAAGGGGACUCAUUGGUUGAACGAUGCCAUAAUAGGUUUUUAUUACGAGUAUUUGACUGAAGAAUAUAAAAAAUAUGGAAAUACUCAAUUAUUGUUUAUGAAUCCUCCAUUAACUCAAUUACUGAGAAUGGAGAAUCCUAUAAAUUGCUGCGUGUUUCUUGAUAGUGUGAAUGCAAAAAAUUACAACUUUGUAUUCUUCCCUCUGAAUAAUUGUGACAGCUUGGGAUCACCAGGUGGCACACAUUGGAGCUUACUGGUGUACUCUCGCAUAGAUCAAAUGUGUUACCAUUAUGACUCCUCCAGCAGUUAUAUUAACACUUUCAUCGCGUCUGAAUUUACAUCGAACGUAAUAAAAUAUUUUCUUGGUAAGCCAAAGAAGAGUUACAAUGAAAUUAUAUCACCGCCGCAAAAUAACGGUCACGAUUGUGGUUUGCAUGUCCUAUGUCUGACAGAUGUGAUAUCCAGACAUAUUUUAAGGACUUCUAAAGUAACUGACUGUGACUUUGGAGCAAUCCCAGAAAUGGUGCGACACAAGCGUACUCAGUUGUUGAAUCUGAUUGAAACUCUAAAGAAUACAAAGCCCAUUGAUAAUGAAUAAAGAGUACACCAUUGAUAUUCGCACAUUGAUCUAUUUUAGACAGCACAAAUAUUCCAAAUAUAUCUUAAGGAUAUUAAAGAGAUGUUUAAAACUAACAAGAUAUUUUUUGGUGUUUUUAAGGUGUUUUCAGACAUUUAUGCUAUCUGUUGUAUACUUUAUUCUACAUUAAUUAUUCUUGUUAUAUCCUGUAU